UCACAUGCCAUUCAGAAUAACAUGUAGUAGUACAACUGUGCAACAGAUCUUAAUUCAAGAGAAUCAGGACAGAAGUGGACCACUAGUUCAGUGGAGAGAUUAGACAAGACACAAAACACUUGAACUCCAAAGUCAAGAUUAGGCGGAGACUUCUGUAUAGGUUCAAAAAACCCAAAUCACAAACAAGUGCAAUUGAAGAAGAAGAAGAACAAUGGGUGAAACCAAAUUGGUACACUCACCAUUAAUCACUUAUGGCUCAAUGCUCUCUCUCUUAUCUUUCACACCCCCCUUUGUAAUUCUCAUGUGGUAUACAAAUGUACACGCUGAUGGAUCCAUCUUGAAAACAUUUAAUCACCUAAGGGAAAAUGGCUUGCAAGGGUUAAUUAAUAUUUGGCCAAAACCUACUGCAAUUGCUGGGAAGCUAAUUAUUUGUUAUGCUCUAUUUGAGGCGGCACUACAGCUUCUAUUGCCUGGUAAAAGAGUCGAAGGUCCAAUAUCUCCAACCGGACACAAGCCGGUCUAUAAGGCAAAUGGCAUGGCAGCAUAUGCAGUGACACUGAUUACGUAUAUCAGUCUUUGGUGGUUUGGAAUAUUCAAUCCUGCAAUUGUUUAUGACCAUCUGGGCGAGAUUUUAUCUACACUUAUUUUUGGGAGCUUAGUCUUCUGUGUUUUGUUGUAUAUUAAAGGUCAUGUUGCACCAUCUUCCACUGAUUCUGGUUCAUCAGGGAACAUAAUAGUUGACUUCUAUUGGGGGAUGGAGUUAUAUCCUCGUAUUGGCAAAGACUUUGAUAUCAAAGUCUUCACAAACUGCAGAUUCGGCAUGAUGUCUUGGGCAGUUCUUGCUGUCACUUAUUGCAUAAAGCAGCAUGAAGAAUAUGGAAGUGUAUCUGAUUCCAUGCUUGUAAAUACCAUAUUGAUGUUGGUGUAUGUCACAAAAUUUUUCUGGUGGGAAGCUGGCUACUGGAACACAAUGGAUAUUGCACAUGACAGAGCUGGCUUUUAUAUAUGUUGGGGAUGCUUGGUAUGGGUUCCAUGCAUAUAUACCUCUCCUGGCAUGUACCUCGUUAAACAGCCUGUGCAUCUUGGGCUUCAGCUUGCCAUAUAUAUACUAGUAGCUGGUCUUCUUUGCAUAUACAUCAACUAUGAUUGUGAUAGGCAGAGGCAAGAGUUUCGCAGAACAAAUGGCAAAUCCACCGUCUGGGGAAAGGCUCCAUCUAAGAUAGUUGCCUCAUACACUACCACCUCUGGUGAGAAAAAAACCAGCCUUCUGUUGACAUCAGGAUGGUGGGGCUUAGCUCGCCACUUCCACUAUGUUCCAGAAAUAUUAGCGGCGUUUUUCUGGACUGUACCAGCUCUUUUCAACCACUUCAUUCCCUACUUCUAUGUCGUCUUUCUAACAAUACUCCUUUUCGAUCGAGCCAAAAGGGAUGACGACCGAUGCAAGGCAAAGUACGGCAAGUACUGGAAAUUGUAUUGCGAAAAGGUUCCUUACAGAAUUAUACCUGGAAUUUACUAGUGAUUUUUGGGUUGCUGAGAAUGUUUACCUUCAAACAACGAAAUCUGAAAUGGUGGUUGUCCUAUAAUUUCAGGUGUUUUUGUAGGCUCUUGAUGUAUGUGGCUAUGUGCUUGUAUACUUAUUAGUACGAACAGUUGGAAACUUGUUUUUAUAUAAUAUUUAAGAGUUUAUACUUUUA